ACUGGGUGUAUUUUAACCGGAAGUGUUACUUCUUUCCCGGAAGUAAAAUGACUGCAGAUGAGGGCUUGGUGUUCUGUGACUCAAUAAACGCCACACUUGUGAGGAUUGACAACACUCAAGAGAACACCUUCCUCGCAUCGGAAAUGACAAAAAAGGACAUUCAAUAUAUCUGGCUUGCUGCAAAUGACAGGGCAGUGGAAGGAGAAUGGGUUUGGGGACCCGGAGAUGAAGUUUUGAAUGGAUUAUGGCAAUCGGGUGAACCUAACGACGAUUAUGGUGAGGAUUGUGGCGUUCUGAAACGGACCAGACAAGAAUGGAACGACUUGAAUUGCCUUGAUCAAAGGCCAUAUGCCGUGUGCGAAGCUCGUUUUUGACUGAUCCAUAGUGAGAAGAUGUUUGCAUAAGUUAAAAACACUAUUCAUCUGAAAUAUUGGAUUCCUCCCAAAUUACACAACAUUGGGGAUCUUUAUUUAACCAUUUCAUUCAUAUCAAUAUGAAUUGCUUCCCUUUCCUCUCUUUUCUCAUUAUAUUGUCCUCUGUAUUACGUGUAUUAGUGUCACUUAGAUCCCUCAUUAUGAUCCUAGUUGUUAUAGAAUAAUUAAAAUCCGUUCUUACAUAA